AUAAAAAAAAAAUCAACAACAUCAAAUAAAAGUAUAGAAAACAAAUUACUUUAAAAAAAUUUAAAUGUUUAACAUAAAACCAGAAGACCUUUCUAUAAUAUUUUAACCAGAUAACAUCCGAGACCACAAUAGUUUAAAGACAAUCCGAAACAAAUUCAACGGUUUAAAUAAUCUUAUCAUUUCUCUAAAAACUGACUUAAAAAAGGGUAUAUCAGACCUUGAAUCUGAAAUAAAAUCUCGUCAGAAUCAUUUCGGUAUAAACUUACCUCCCUAACGUGAUCCAGAAACCCUAUGUCAGAUGAUAGCUGAAUGUUUCGAAGAUCUAAUGUUAUAAAUAUUAGUAUUAGCAAGCAUAGUAAGUACAAUAAUAGGAGUAAUAGAUGAAGGCUGGGCAAAGGGUUGGAUUGAAGGAUUAACGAUAUUUAUAGCAAUUAUUCUUAUAGUAACUGUAAGUGCCGGUAAUAAUUACGUAAAAGAAAAAUAAUUUUAAAAACUGAAUGCAAAACGUGAAGAAAUGAAUGUCCAUGUAACCCGAGAUGGCUAAACGAAAUACAUAGACGUAAAAGGAUUAGUUGUAGGCGACAUUUUAUCAAUUCAAAUAGGAGAUCUCUUACCCAUAGACGGAAUACUAAUCGAAGGUUCAGAGAUUUAUAUGGACGAAUCUAGUGUAACUGGAGAAUCAGACCUUAUUCCCAAAAUACCAUUCUCAUAAAUACAAGGAGAGAAUUCUAAAGCAUAACCUUUUAUGGUUAGUGGUUCUAAAGUUAUGGAUGGGAGUGGUAAAUUACUAAUUUUGGCAGUUGGUAAAAACACUUAAUUAGGUUAACUUCGUGAAAAGCUUUAAGAGGAAACUUCUCCUACUCCUCUAUAAUUAAAACUGGAAAAUAUCGCUAAUUAAAUCGGAUUAGUAGGUACUAUAGCCGCAGUAUUGACUAUGGUUGCUUUAUUAACAAAUUUAGGAAUCGAUAUUUAUUAAGGGAAUCAUUGUUUUUUAUGUGUUAAAACUCUUCAAUAUAUCGUAAAAGCAUUUAUGACUGCAGUUACUAUUAUCGUAGUUGCCGUACCUGAAGGAUUGCCUUUAGCAGUUACAAUAUCUUUAGCUUUCAGUGUCAAUAAAAUGAAAGAUGAGAAUAAUUUAGUUAAAUAAUUAGCUUCAUGUGAAAUUAUGGGAAAUGCCACUACUGUAUGUUCUGAUAAGACUGGAACCCUAACUUAAAAUAUAAUGACUGUAUAUAAUAUAUACAUAGACGACUAACAUUAUAACCCUGAACAUAUUUUACCGAAAAACAUCAAGGAGAAUUUGAGGGAAAUAUUCUCUUAAUGUGCCUGUUUGAACUCCUCGGCGAAUCCCACUAAAAAAGCAGAUGGAAAAUUUGAAUAAAUAGGGAAUAAAACAGAAUGCGCUUUGUUGGAACUGGCUGAUAUUUUCAGCUUUAACUAUGUAUAAGAGAGAGAAAAAUAUUAAAUUGUAAGGAAUUUACCUUUUUCUUCUUCUAGAAAAAAAAUGACUUCAGUAAUAAAAUUAAAUAAUUAAACUUUAAGAGUUUUUGUCAAAGGAGCUUCCGAAGUUAUUUUAGAUAAAUGUAAUAGAAUUUAGAAAAAUACAGGAGUCGAAAAUAUGGACGUAAAAAAAAAAGAUCUUGUUAAAAACGAUAUUAUUUUAAGAUAUGCAAAUAAGUCUUUAAGAACACUAGCUUUGUCAUAUAAAGAUAUUCCCUUCAGUAAUGAUUAUGAAACUAUGCCGGAAGAUAAACUAGAAAACGACCUUAUUUUAAUCUGUAUCGCAGGUAUUAAAGACCCUUUAAGACCCGAAAUUCCUGAAGCUAUUAAAAAAUGCAAAACUGCCGGAAUAGUAGUAAGAAUGUGUACAGGAGAUAAUAUUAAUACAGCAGUAGCUAUAUCAAAAGACGCCGGUAUUUUAGACGGUACAAAUGAUUCUUCAGCAAAUUAAUUAUAAAUUAACAGUCAAAAUAAUGUAAAUACAACAGGUUUUGAAGUUAUGGAAGGUAGAAAAUUCCGAGAAAUAGUCGGAGGACUCCAAUAUGAAAACCCAAGUGGAAAAACAGCAGCUGAAAAAGGAGAAUCGAAAGUUGGAAAUUUAGAAAUGUUCAAAGCAGUAGCCAAAGAACUUAAAGUAUUAGCCAGAAGUUCACCUGAAGAUAAAUAUAUUCUUGUAACUGGCUUAAAAUAAUUAGGACAUGUAGUUGCUGUAACAGGAGACGGUACAAACGACGCACCUGCAUUAAAAAAAGCUGAUGUUGGUUUCGCAAUGGGUAUAGCAGGAACUGAAGUUUCAAAAGAUGCCGCUGAUAUAAUUUUAUUAGAUGAUAAUUUUGCAAGUAUAGUUACUGCAUGUAAAUGGGGAAGAAACAUAUACGAUUCUAUAAGAAAAUUUAUUUAAUUUUAAUUAACAGUUAAUAUUGUUGCACUAUUUAUGUCCUUUCUAGGAGCUGUAGUGUUAAAAAAAAGUCCUUUAAAUUCAAUUUAAAUGUUAUGGGUUAAUAUUAUCAUGGAUACAUUUGCCUCAUUAGCCUUAUCUACUGAACCUCCUACAGAAAAGCUAUUAUAAAGAAAGCCUUAUAAUAAAGAGGAUUCAAUAGUAACCCCAAAUAUGUGGAGAAACAUAUUCGGUUAAAGCGUAUAUUAAAUAGUAAUUUUAUCUCUUUUAUUAUUUAAGGCUCCUUAAUGGUUAGAUAUUCCUUCAUCAUUUUUAAUGCAAAAAUAUAAUCCUAUUCUAGCUGUGCAUUUUACUAUAUUUUUCCAAUCUUUUGUUUUAAUGUAGGUUUUUAAUGAGUUUAAUGCUAGAAAAUUAGAAAGAUCUGAUUUGAAUAUUUUUAAGGGAUUAUUUAAUAAUCAACUUUUCUGGUUCAUUAUUGUCACUACUUUUGUUGUUUAGACUCUUAUGAUUGAAAUUGGAGGAAGAUAUAUUGGAGUAUCUUAAUUAAGUGUAUUUUAGCAUCUUAUUUGUUUCGGAAUCGGGGCUGGUUCAAUUAUUAUUGGCUUGUUUAUUAAAUUACUUCCUAAUGCAUUAUUUAAUAAAAUUUAAUUAUUUAGAGAAGAAGAAAUGGAUAUUAAAGAUCUUGAUAAAUCUUUCACUUCUAUGAUAAGGAAAAAAAGCUCUAAUAGGCUUGGUAAUAAAAGAAACUCUAGUUUAGAAUUUAUGCUUUCUAAAUGA